AUGUCAAACCAUUAUUAUAAGAAACAACAUUUAGCUGUUCUAAACUUUGCUUUUACAGCGAUUUUACAUUUCUGGACAAGAAUUGAUGAAAUGUCACAUGAAGAGACUAAGUAUAUUUUGCAUCAGACAGCACAGCAGUUUCCUUCUUUGAUUUUUGACUUGGUCAAAGACAGUAGUGGAAACAGUGGAGGUUACCAUCCCAGACCAGAUGGAAACAGUCCAAAUUGGUGUUUGUGUGGUAACUGCAGAGAAAUGCCUACACAACCAGAGAAGCUCUGCUGCAAGAAAGAUCUACCAAAUUGUAUAACUUUGCUUCCGGAUUUCAAAGUUCUUAUUUUGGACGAAGCUGUCUUGGCCCUAGCAUGCCUUUACAGGCAAGACAUGUUUGCUUUGCCAAAUGAGGAGGACUGGAAGAAAGCUAACAGGCAUGCUCCUACAGACAAUAUUGCCUACAGACAAUAUAUAUUGUGGCAAGUUGGUCGUCUUGGUACUGGUGACAGACGGGUCAUCCCAAGCUGUGCGGUUUGGAAAAUUAGAGACGGGUUCCCUGAUGAAUUUGGACAGUACACUGGUUUCAAGGCAUUCAGGAUUGCUUAAUUGAUAUCAUAUAUGUGUUAUAUAAGGUAUUUGUCCAAUGAUAAGUAUGAUGUAAAUGAUGAAUUGUUGAAAUAUGUUCACUUAUGUACCAAUGUCCAUGGAUGUAUAAUGAUGAUGAUGAUGUGUCAUAGAUAAGUUUGUAUGAUGAUGAUGAGGUGUCAUAGAUAAGUUUGUAUAAUGAUGAUGAUGUGUCAUAGAUAAGUUUGUAUAAUCAUGUUUUGAAGUGGUGAUAUUCACUAAUGUAUCUGUUAUGAUGAUGAUGAUGAUUUUAAAAUACUUUACAUAUGUAUGUGUAGAUAAGGAAUGUUGAAUUAUAAUGCAUGGGAAGAUUGUAAGAAAUCUUGUAAUUUAAAUAAUGUGGAUGGUUACUGAAAAUUUGUGUCAGUGCCAAAUAAAACAACGAGCAUCCAA